AUGAAGAAUGACAUGCAAAAGACUGCAAAGCAGCCCUCGAAGGUCAACAUGAAAGAAGCGCGUGCUCGUAGACUUCCUAAACCCGAUUUCGAAGGAUUUGAGGAUUUAUCGAUAACUCCAAUUAAAAAGGCUCCUGUUAGUCAAACAAGCGUAUCUGGGACGAUUUCGAAGAGAAAACCUUUACCAGCAGCGAAUAUCCCUUCUUCUGGUAACCAAGCGAUGGGCGAAAAGUCGGUCACUUUUCCUGAUAUUGAUGCGAACUUGUCUCAUACGAAUUCAUCGCGAAUGGCCGACGCAUUGUCUGAGUUGUCAAUUAACCGGGUGACUGCGAGCGCUGACGAAAGAACUCACGAAUCGGAUGGAGAAUUUAUUGGUGAAAGUCGAUCGACUCUUGACAAAGGCCAGAAUAAUGGAAAAGCCUUGGUUCUGGAUGUUAGCACUUCACUGCACAAGACACCCGGAUACCGAAGAGCGAAAUAUAAUUCUACUAUUGCUGUAUUAUCGAAAAAUCGCAACGCUCUCAUGUCAUCUACAUCGAAAAUUAUGUCAUUAAGCGAUCAAGUAGAGAAAGAGAAGAAAGAACAAUCUGUUCCCGAUGCGGUUCCGCUCCCAACCACCCUGCCAAAUGAAGUUUUGGAUUUUGACCUUGAUCAAAAUCUUGCGAGCGAUAACUUCUCUGGACAUAAAAAUGACUACGAACCAAGCGAUCUUCCUCGAAACGCUGAUGGCAAUGGCACGGGCAGCGGUGAUGGCAACGGUACGGGCAGCGGUGAUGGCGGAGCUACGGGCAGCGGUGAUGGCAGAGCUACGGGCAGCGGUGAUGGCAAUGGCACGGGCAGCGGUGAUGGCAACGGUACGGGCAGCGGUGAUGGCAGAGCUACGGGCAGCGGUGAUGGCAGAGCUACGGGCAGCGGUGAUGGCAGAGCUACGGGCGACGGUGAUGGCAGAGCUACGGGCGACGGUGAUGGCAGAGCUACGGGCGACGGUGAUGGUGAAGAAGUUCAUCCAUUUUGUAGGCCGCUGACUAAAGAUGAAGACAUGAUUCCAGAUCCCGAUGACUUUGAAAAUGCCGCGGGAAAUAAAGAAGGCGCUGUUGGCGGACGCAAUCAGCAGAUAAAAAUCGACGUAGAUGUUCCACGAAUGAGCAUACAUUCCUUCAUAUCAAACCAGGGAAAUCCGUCAUUGUAUAUGGUGUUUCAUGUGCCAAUUAAAGAUCUCCCUGAUUCAAUGAUAAACCAGCGACAGCCCAAGCAGAGAAACACGAAAACUUGGCAUUCUAUCAAAAAUAAGCGUCGACAAAACUGGGAGAAGAAACAGAAAGAAGUUCAAAGGUGCGAGCCUGCGACAACAGUACCGCUUUACUUUCUUUUCCAGCGAAAUAGGAUCACCCAAAAUGUUGACGGAAGCAUUUCGUACUCGAUGAAAUGCAGCAAAUGCUCUGCGAGGCAGACCUUCUACGCGCCAGAAAUCUUAUUCAUCAAAGGAAAAAAGAAAGGAGAUUUCGAUGUCAACCCAGACUACAGUCAUUGCUUCUUCGAUACCGCUAAAACAGAGCCAAUGUCGACCUUCUGUCGCCCACCGCAGCCACAAUAUCAUGACUGUAGUGGUUUAUCAUUUGAUGAAGCAGGAGAGGAAGUCUACGAGCGUAAUGUUCUGAAACUGGUGCACGACGUUGGGUUGGGUGUGAAACCAGACAUGCUGAAAACACUCACUGAAAACGUUCAACGAACUUUUCCCGGCUGGAGUCCAAAGAAAAGUCCAGAAGUAUAUGCUCGCACCCUAACGCAAUCCAGAUAUCGUCUAAAACAACGGAUCUUAGAUGAUUUUAAAACUCCCGACGAUCUUUGCAAGUUGGUGCCGCAACUCUACUCCGACCUUCCUCACUUGUUAACGACUGACAAAAACAACAUGAUGGAAUCACGAUGGCCUUUAUUCCAGUCCCGAAAAUGUCUGAUCGUUGGAAACACUGCCAUUUUGAAGAAGCUGCCGAAGCGGGCUUACCAGCUUUGUAUGAUCGACGGGACAUUUUUCGUGGCUGGCGCCUGGCGCCAACUCAUCACAUUUUCGAUGUCCUUUCCCGAUGGAAUGGGCAAUGAAAAAUUUGUCAUGGUAGCAUCAAUCUACAUGCUUAGCCAGGCCGAGGAGGAUUACAGGGAAGUCUUCGGCAAUUUGUGGGAUGUUUUGUUCCACAAGUUUCCUCAGGUCGCGUCCCAUCUUUUUUGCCAAACGGAUGCCGAAGCGGCUCUCUACAACGGAAUAGAGAAGGGCUUUGCCGACCGUGGAGUCCAGGCAUACGUUUUUCUCUGUACCACCCAUACGGAGCGUGCGAAUUUCAGACGCCUCAAGAAAAUACUCCGUUGGAAAGAAGCUCCGCCUGCUGCGAGGCUGUGCCUCUUUCUUCUAAAGAUGCUUCAAUUUCUGCGCCCCGAUUUAAUUUACUCGGUGAUGCAGUAUUUAUUCUGCGUUUUCUCAAGAGUCCCUCAUUUUGGCCGUCGGCUUGCGUUUUUCAUCAAGUCCUUAUGCCAUCGAAUUAUCCAGCAUAAAUGGGGAAAACGAUUUUCAUACUGGAGGCUGAUGCUGAUUCUCCGACACAGAAUCGACGGGCUAAGACUCAAUACGAAUCCUUCGGAGAGUCUAAAUAAUAGUCUUAAUUCUGCGUACCGGGCAAAAUUUGGAAGACGUCGCGCGAAUUUUCUUUCCGAUCUACAAGUUCUCUUUGAAUAUUUCGAGGCCUCUGGUUCUAAAGCCUUGAAGGGUGAAUUCAUUGAGUAUUACGCCGAUCCUGCCUACAAAAACCGGAAUCAAGCCCUCAUCAAAAAAGUUAUGGAACACUGCGAAUCCAUAGAUCGCGUCCCGAUUGGCGAGCCCGUUGGCAAAGAAUGGUUUCUCACUUGGAUGGAUAUCUGCUUAGACUUUUAUAAGACAAACGAAAAGAAGAAUAGAAGGAAAAAUCACCGUCUUUACGAGCAGAUGCAGCGUGAGAAUCUAGUGGCGACACUUGAAUCCACUUGUGAUUUUUCUGUCAAUCCGCCCCCUCCUUCCGUGACGAACGAGAAUGAAAAUAAUAUUGACAAUGACGACGCCGACAUGCAGGUCAAUGAUGUCGACCCUAAUCGCCCGGAAGUCCCGGAAGGAAGCAACGAUAUCUUCUUUGGAGACACGGGAUAUAAUUGCCCCGAGGGGCCCAUGUCAUGGCAACCGCGCGAACAAACUGCUCACAUUGCGCCAGAAAUUAGCAUGCUUAGUGUCCGAAGAGAAGUUGAGCGUUACAACUUUCUGCAGAAUUUGCAUUCGAACGAUGCAAACAGUGAAUCUACUCAACUUGGUCAAAGCGUUCAACGCCCUUCACCUGGUUCCCAAACUGCGGCUUCGAAUAGCCAAUUGGCGUCCACUUCUGGCGGCGCUAUUUCUCAAUUCCCGCAAAACAGCGCCAUUCCAAUACCGACGAGUGUUCCUGGGUCAUCUGCCGCGAGCCUCCCCGAUUGCAUGGUAGAUAAUCCCGAUUGCGAACUUGACGAGGAUGGUUUUCCGAAAUUUAAAAAUCCAUUCGAAAGUUCUGAUGAUGAUGAUGCGCCGUUGGUGAACGCUGCCCAAGAUGGAACUUUGAAUAGUCAAUCUGCGCCGACGAAAGAAAAUAUUCCGCCCCAAGCUAAUACUAUUCACGAUCCCAUGUCCUUGCAAGGAGAUGUAUUCCCCGAGAAUAAUGCGGGCGGUCCAAUGCCCGGUGAUGUAAACGCCACACAGAUUGACACUGCGACGAAAGUGAUGUCCGACGGGGAGCCAGAAAGCUCUCCUUGUAAUAUUACAGAUGGAAUGGAAACCUCCCCAUCUGAAAAUGUCAUCAAAGAAAAUGUUCCUGGCAAUUCUCGAGACGAUGCAGCUUUUAAGAAUGCAAUUUCUGCCACGCUUGCUAACCCGGGUAUUGUUCCUGCGAAAGAGUCAGCAAUCGCCCGUAAUCCGCGAUAUUCGAACUCUUCGUCUUUAAUUGGAUUAAAUGAAGACGAUAUACCAUCUCUUCAUCAAUUUGAAGGCAAAAAUAAGAAGCAGCGAUUCGAGGAGUUCGACAGGGGUGCAAAGCGAAUCGACAAGGAAUCAAGAGACAUCGACCUUUCAGCGGCGAUAAGUUCAUUUUCUCGUCACAAGGAAAAACGUCUGUCCGACAAAACUUUGGCUAAGCAUGAUCGCGCUGAAGCUAAAUAUAUGUUCGAGGCGAAGUUUAAGAAGGCUGAGACCCUGAAGCGAAUCGUCGAUUCCGUCAAUCCCCUUUUGGGCGCCGUUUUUUUCAAUAUCAAGCCGGAAGGAAUCGCCAUGCAAUCAAUGGAUUCUGGUCAAGUUACAUUGAUCCAAUUGGUAUUGAGGAAACAAGGUUUCGAACAUUUCAGAUGUGACAAGGAAAUUCUUCUCGGAGUGAAUAUUACUCAUCUCCAGAAGAUACUGAAAAACAUUCAACCAAACGAAACUCUUCUUUUGCAGGGCAGUGAAAACGACGAAAUCGAUAUUGUUUUUGGGCAUGAGUCGGCUCCUCAUGCUUAUACGUAUCAUAUGAAGCUUAUGGAGAUUGACUGUGAAGCUCUCGACAUUCCUGCCAAUAAUUACUGUUGCUCGAUCACUAUGCCCACUUCUGAAUUUGACAAUUUAAUCAAAUUCAUGUCAACUGGCGGCGAAUAUGUCAAGGUCGACGCAACUAGUGGGCAGGUGAUCUUUAGCUCAGAGGGACAAUAUGGUACGGCGGAGAUGCCAUUUACCGAACUCUUUAACGAAGAUCCAAAAAACAAGCUCCUCGUUGUAGACGUGAAAGAAUCAAUUUGCUCGGACUACAUUCUCCAGUAUCUUCAAUUCUUCAGCAAAGCUUGCUGCCUUUCUGAAAAUACGAUGUUGAUCUGCAAAUUCAAAAGAGCUUUCCAUAUGAAAUCAGUUUGCAAAACAUUGGGCUCGCUGAUGGAGGAAUGCGUUAUAAAAUCUGAUGCAAACGGACUCACCUUCCUCUCGACAGAUGCUUCAAUGUCAACGUAUAUCACCGUGAAUUUUAACAUUGCCGGAUUCCUUCAAUAUCUCAGCAGCGGAACCAUUUAUCUUGGAGUCUCCCUGAAAGGAAUCAACAAUGUCCUAAACUCUAUUCCGAAUGAUUCCCCCCUUGAAAUUCUUUGCGACUCCGAGUGUCCUGAUGACUUUAUAAUUGGAUCAGUCGAUAAGAUUGGUGUACCGAUGAGAUUCAACAUGAAGGUGCUUGAGCUCGAUUUGGAAGAGGUGAACAGACCAGAACUUGCGUACGGGGCAACUGUCAUCCUAUCCUCAGCACGAUUUCAGCGGGACAUGCUUCAUCUUAAAAAUGUCGCUGACAAAACGAAGAUCACUGUCUCAGAAGGCGAAGUCACUUUCUCUGCAGUGGAUGCUGACAGAAUGAACAUUGUCCUCGAGGAAACUGAUGUAAUGGCUUAA